AUGUCAAAUUCUGCUCUGUUCGCACUAAGGGAGCACCUGAAAAAUAAUGAUAAGUUCACUCUAUUAGAUAAAAACAAUGACACUAUAGAAGAUAUUAAUCUUGCUGAUAAAGUUUCAUUUGAAAAAGAAGGAGGAAACGAUAAAUAUAUUUUAUCUCUAGACGAAGAAACUGAGUUUUCUAUUGAGGGAAAACCGGUUGUUUUGAAAGUUAUACUACAUUGUUGGAUACAUAAGGACUCUAAUGCUGCAGAUUAUUUAGCGGAUUGCCAAAAAUUGCACUUAACAAAUAUUUCUUUCUUACAGAGAAAUGACUUAAUGAAUUGGUUGACUGGUCAAUCUGAAACUUCACAAUAUAUUGUAACAUCCAGAGAUCAAGGUAUAAAGGCUGUGGACGAGAAUAAUAAUACAGUGGCAAGCAAUAAUGCUACUAAUACGGUCACUACUUCCACUAUUAUUGGAUCUACAACACAAACGACAUAUUCAAACGAUCGCAAUUCAGGUUUAUCUGAAUUAGAGGUUAUACAAAAUGAGGAUCCAGUAUUGUUUAAAACCAUACAACACGAAAGAGUAUUAGUGGACCAUAACUCUAGUUUACGUGGUUCUAAACCUGUAGACUUUAGUUAUUUAAUUAAAGACGUUGAACUAAAAUUAGUACAGUCCUUAAAAGGUUCUUCUAGUUCCAAAACUGGUAAAAAUAAGGGUCACGUAUCAAAGAAUAAUGGUCCUUCAAAGAGUGUUUUACGUAAAGAUCCAAUCAUAUUAAUUCCAUCUGCGACCUCCUCUAUUCUGACUCUGUCCAAUAUUAAGGAGUUCUUGGAACAUUCGAAGUACAUUAAUCCAAGAGAUAUUACUAUUACAACUGAUAAUGAUUUAGUUACUGUAGAAAAGAAAUUUGAAAAGAUAAGUAGGCCAAUUAGAUUUUUAAUUGUUAAUAAUACUAGAAUGUUUACAAAACCUGAAUAUUGGGAUAGAGUAGUAGCUGUAUUCACUACAGGACAUACAUGGCAGUUUUCCAAUUAUCAAUGGAAUACUGCUCAGGAUCUAUUCCAACAUUGUAACGGUUAUUAUUUCCACUUCAAUGGAGAUGAAGUUCCACAGCAUGUUCAACAAUGGAACGUCCAAAGAAUUGCAUUAGACAAGCAUCAACGUUUCAAGGAUGUUGAGGUUGUUCGUUUCUUUUGGUCCAAUUUAGAAAAAUCUUUGAUAGCAAAGGGCUACCAUUAA